UAAGAUCUCGGCAAUCCGGCCACGGUUAAUCUUCCUUCAGUGUGCCACCGCAGUGUGACACCCAAACGUCUUACAUCAACACACGCCCGUCCGGUUAGUCGCUUCUCGCUGUCGCCAUGAAUCCACCGUCUUCACGUCAAGCCAUCGUCGGCGCCGCUUCCGAAGUCUCGCCGUUUUCCUCGCCGAACUUCGAGUCGGCCAUGAUGGCCGCGGCCGUCCCCGAAGACAGCUGUGCUUUUGGUUCCAACAAGUAUUUUUUGCUUUGCGGUCUCGGUGGAUUCCUGUCGUGCGGUAUUACUCACACCAUGGUCACUCCUUUGGACUUGGUCAAGUGCCGUUUGCAAGUCGACCAGGCCAAGUACAAAAACGUCGUCAACGGUUUCAAAGUGACAAUGGCCGAAGACGGACUCAGAGGUCUGGCCAAAGGAUGGGCUCCGACGUUUUUGGGAUACGCCGCUCAAGGUUCGUUCAAGUUCGGUUUGUAUGAAGUGUUCAAAGUGUACUACUCGGACAUAAUCGGCGAGGAGAACUCCUAUUUGUACAGGACACCGUUGUACUUGGCAGCGUCCGCAUCGGCUGAGUUUUUCGCCGACGUCGCCCUCAGCCCGAUGGAAGCCGCUAAGGUCCGCAUCCAGACGCAACCGGGAUUCGCCAACACGUUGCGGGAAGCGUUGCCGAAAAUUUACCAAUCCGAAGGGUUCAACGGGUUCUACAAGAGUCUGGUGCCGUUGUGGAUGAGACAAAUGCCGUACACCAUGAUGAAGUUCGCCUGCUUCGAAAAGACCAUCGAGUUGCUGUACCAACACGUGGUGCCGAAACCUAGGUCCGAAUGCACUAAGGGCGAACAGCUGAUCGUCACUUCGGCUGCCGGUUACAUAGCUGGAGUUUUCUGCGCUGUUGUAUCGCAUCCGGCCGACACGUUGGUCUCCAAGUUGAACCAAGCCAAGGGCGCGUCCGCAGGCGACAUCGUCAAGAAAAUCGGCUUCAUGGGAUUGUGGCAAGGAUUGGGACCCAGGAUCAUAAUGGUCGGUACGCUGACGUCGGCUCAGUGGUUCAUCUACGACGCGGUCAAAGUGUCUUUGAGGUUGCCCAGACCACCACCACCGGAAAUGCCGGAAUCUCUAAAAAAGAAGAUGGCACAACAGUAACGCCGUCCGUCAUAGUUGUUUACGGUUAGAAAAAUAAUAUAAUAAUGUUUUUUUGAAGAAAAAAAAAACGAAAAGUUGUAUAUCAUAUUAUAUUUUAUUUAUUACAUUUUACGUUUGCUGUGUCCAAAAUGCAAUUAAAUAUUGUUCGAAACUGUAAUGCAAUCAAUUUGUUUUUAUUAUUUAGACAUAAACGUUUUAUUUAUUUA